AUGGCCGAAACCGCUGCUGCUCCUGCCGCCGGUGCUGCUGCCCCUGCAGCUGCUGCCCGGCCCGUUAAGCCCAAUGAGGAAGAGUUCAAGCAGAAGCUGGAAAAGGCUCAAAAGGAGCACAGUGCUGUGAUGGAGCGCUUCAACGCCAUCAAGGCCAAGAUCGACCUCGCUCAGCCCAACAAGAACAAGGACCAGCCUUCUCCCACCCAGAAGCGCCGCCAGGAGCUGAUCGCCCAGGCCAACGAGAUUCGCCAGAAGCAGGCCGGCGGCAAGAACGCCCGCACCUCGAAGCAGGACCAGAUCAAGCGCCUCGACGAGCAGCUGCGCAGCCGCAUCAACGAGCAGAAGAACGCCCGCGGCAAGAUCAACUUCAAGAGCGCCGAGGACGUCGACCGCGAGAUCGAGCGCCUCGACAAGCAGGUCAGCACCGGCAUGAUGAAGCUCGUCGACGAGAAGAAGGCCCUGUCCGAGAUCUCCAACCUCCGCAAGCUGCGCAAGAACUUCUCCCAGUUCGACAACCAGCAGAAGGAGAUUGACGACCUGCGCGCCAAGAUCAAGGCCAUCAAGGACUCGAUGGACGACCCCGAGGCCAAGGCCCUGAGCGAGCAGUACAACAAGAUCCAGGCCGAGCUCGACGCCAUCAAGGCCGAGCAGGACGAGGCCUACAAGGGCCUGUCGAGCCUGCGCGACGAGCGCACCAAGCUGCACAACGAGCAGCGCGAGAAGUUUGACGCCAUGCGCAAGCUCAAGGACGAGUACUACGGCCAGAAGAAGGCCUACCAGGCCUACGAGCGCGAGGCCAAGCACAAGGCCUGGGAGCGCCGCCAGGCCGAGCACGAGCGCUACGUCAAGGAGAAGAAGAAGGAGCGCGCCCAGGAGAUGCUGGCCCAGGCCGCGGACCCGGCCUACCUCGACGAGAUCCGCCGCGCCAACAGCCUGCUUCACUUUUUCGACCCCUCCCACAAGGAGGAGAAGUCGGCCCUGCUGGCCGACAGCGGCCUGACCGCCCAGGCCACCCGCAAGGUCGACGACUCGGCCCUCAAGGGCACCCGCCUGCUGCGCAAGGAGGACCGCGAGGACGACUACCUGCCCGCCGUCAAGAAGGGCAAGAAGGGGAAGAAGGGCGGUGCCGCCGCCGCCGCCGCCGCCUCCGAGACCAAGGGCUUCAGCUGCCCACCCUCGGUCAUGGAGGACUGCUCCUUCAUGGGCAUCGACCCGCCCAUGAGCUCCGCCGACGUUCCCGCCGUCAUCGAGAAGGUCAAGGGCAAGCUCGACCACUGGAAGAAGGACCAGGCCGCCCAGACCCAGAGGAACAUUGAGAAGGCCAAGAAGGAGAUUGAGAAGAUCGAGGCCAAGGAGGCUGCCGAGGCCAACGGCGAGGCCACCGAGGCCAACGGCGUCAACGGCAAGAAGAGCGACGAUAAGGCCGUCGCCGAGGUCACCUCUGAGCUCAAGGACGCGUCGAUCGAGGACAAGAAGGAGGAGGGCGCUGCCGCGGCCGAGACCGAGGCCAAGGCUUAA